AUGGUCCUACCAGGACGUCGUAUCCGUUCACCUAAACGCAAGAAAGGAAGCAAAAAACAAACUCGGUUGGGUAAGGAGUUACAAGCACUUAAGGACAGAGAGUCAAAAGCAUCAUCAUCUUUUGUCAAUAAUACAUCCAAUCAGCACAACCUCGAUAAUCCAAUGAUUGAUUUUGAUGGUCCCUAUCAGCACGGUGAAGCAGCAGGAUGGUCUGAUGAAGAGGACGAACAGGAUAAGGAACCUCACUAUGUCUCAUUCCAGGAGAGAACUCAGCGUGAACAAGCACAUUGGAAAACUGCCCUGCCAUUAAUGUUUCCUGUAUUCAUGAAGAAUUCAAAGAACACCUCCCAAUGGGGCGACGAAAAGCUUUGGGCCAACGAUUGGAAGAAGCCUUGUAAUUGCUCUAAGCGGGAGAGAUUGGUAGAUGUUGUAGAUAUUCUGAGUCAGAUACAACACCGCACUUCCAUAUUUGAUUAG